UAGUCUUUAAACCUGAGCUAAAUAAUCUUCUAAUCCUCAAACAUCUUUAUUGGCAAGCCUUCUUUGCUGCGAAUUGUCAACAUUCUGAUAAAUAUACCUUUCAGCAUCGCUGGUUAAAAAUACCGUCGCAGACUCCAAAGCGACCAACUAGCGAAGCUUUACGCUCUGGAAGUAGUAAUCCUGGCUGGUCAGGCAAAUCUUUGGAGUCGGCGAAUCGUCUUCUUCGGCAGCGGGCGUUGACGAAAAGACAUGAACGUGGCCAGCCAAUGUUUCUGCACAAGCCUGGGGGUGGAACUCUCCGCUACAAUCUUAAUGGCCUACCUUCUUCUCUUAGAGCCAACAAUUCAUAUGCUUUGGUACCAUACAAAUACAAUAAAGGAUCAUCCUUAGCCAAUGUCAAGGAGACAAAAAAUCUAUCUACACCAGCUUCAUUCAUGUCCCCACGCAGUCUUACCUCAAACGAACAUUUCAAUGGAGAGGUAGAAGAAAGGGGGUCAAACGAAAGCUGUUCGUCGUUCGGCAGGCAUUCCUUUUGUGGACGAGGCCAUAGUCAUGCGAUGCGUGAAAGAAAGUGUCUACAUUCUUCAUUUCAGCGACGGGCAGAUCGCAACGUUUUGGCUGCUAGUGAAUUUGUGCGAAAAAAUACCAAAACAGUUUUCGGAAAGCGCAACAGAAUCCCUUUGCGAGGCAAUGCUAAGGCCGGAAGAGCUAGGCAAGUCCAACUUCAAACGUCUGUUCUCGUUAAUGCUGCAAUGCAGCUUUGCCCUCGCUUAUACUUCAUCGGUACCCUUAGAGGGAAUUGA